ACUUGUUGUGUUUGAUUUUAUUACAGAUUGUAAAUAAGCGAGAGAGAGAGACGAAGAAGAAGACAGUGUGUGGUGCAAUUCCAAGAAUUUGAAAAUUUCAGUAAAAUCAUUACCAUUACGCAAAAAAAGUGCUUUAAAAGUGUAUAAAUUGAGAAAAAUCUAAGAUGAAAUACACAUAUUUUUGAUUUGUGAAGAAAAUGAGGUGAAAAUCGAUGUGGAAAUUUAGCGUGGAGGGAAUAAAAUUCGAUUUCCUUAGAAAGGUCAAUUUCUGAGAAAACGAAUUUCCGAGAAUUCGAAUUGAUCUGCGUUGUUGUACGUUUUGUUGUGUGUACAUGAACGCGCUAGAAGGACGCAGUGUCGCAGUGUAGAUCGCAUACAUUAGUGAAACCAAGAAGGUACGUGUGUAGUCGUAAUACAAGUGCAAGAAGGUACUGCAAAGCCUGCAUAUUUCCGCGAAUGGGACAAUUUGCUGCCGCUGCAAUAAAACUGCAAACGGAUAACUAAAUUUGGUGGCUUUUCUGGAACCAAACAUUUUGUCAAUAUACACAUUAGAUAUUUGUACUAUUUAUACAGCAUGGUUAAAUUAUUGCGCUACGUUAGCAUUUCAGCAAUAGUGCUGUGGUUAGCACAAUUUGCUGUUGCCUUCCGUGAUGAUGAUGUGGGAGAGACGAUACCGGCGCAUGUUGAGAUGAAUGUGGGCGACAGUGUAAAUAUAUCAUGUCUUAUAAAUCCUACAAGAUUCUAUGGCGAAAAUCCUUGUGAAAUGUAUUUCAUAAACGAAUUGACAAGGCAACGUGUGCCUGACGAGGAUAUUCUGGUAAUGAACUCUACCUACAUUGUGUACAUGCUGCGCAAUGCACCUGAACAAUCAUCAAGGUUCCUAUGUAAAUGUGAUAAGGAUGCGAUCAUGGAAUCCUACGUUUACGUGGGUACUGCACCAAGCGGUGUAUCACAGUUCGAUUGCCGCAGUUACGAUUUCGAAUAUAUGGUUUGUAACUUUUCACAACCAGAAAACCCGGUGCUUACUCAGUACAAUCUGACCUAUUAUAUAAAUUCGCCAGAUUAUGAAACGCCCGCUUAUUGUAAUUUUGACAUGAAACCGUUGGUGGUGUGUAAUAUAACCGCGGAACAUUCGUAUCGCCCUCAAGUCGAAGAGUAUCACUUUAAAGUGCAUAGCAGCAAUGCAUUGGGCAGUUAUAAGCAAGAAUUCGCUAUAAAUAAUUUGAACGUAAUGGUGCCAGCGCGACCAGGUGAUGAUUUUCAUAUAAUUAAAUUAACCACAGAUAGCAUGGAAGCCAUGUGGAGCAUGCCUAAAUACGACUCGUAUACACCAAACAAGCACAGGGGAUUACAAUGGGAAGUACUCUUACAACCAGACGGAUUUCCAGUGCGCAACUCGAGUGCGCAGGUGCGAGUGGCACGCGUGGAACGCGGUUGCAAGCUGUUGCUGAAUGAGCUACCUUACGCCUACUACUGGUAUGAGUUGCGCUUACGCGUUAAGGUGCGAGCCGCUGCCGCUAGUGAAGACAUGUGGAGUCCAACAUUCAAGUAUCGUUUCCGUACGCAACCGCGUACGCCAGAUCGUCCGCCACGUACAGAUAAUGGUGGCUUCUAUGUAAAUCCAUUGGGAACCGAAGUACGUCUGUAUUGGGAACAAUUGGAAAAGUGGGAGGAGAAUGGUGAUAAUUUUACUUAUGUGAUACGAGGAAUCGAAAAGCACAAAAACGGCCGAACGCGAGCAUUACUGCCGCGACAGCAAGAAUCCAGUUUUGCUGUUUUCGAAUGGCGCAAUGAUUUGCAUUAUACAUUCGAGAUCAGUAGUCGUAAUCAUAUGGGAGAAUCAUCCUCAUCCAAUCGCAUUACAAUAUAUCCGCUAACAAGUCGAUCAGCCAAGCAGCACACCCCGUACUCCAUACAUAAUGUCUAUCAUCAGACAAAUCGCUCGUAUACGUUGACCUGGCUGCCACCCAGUUUGCGUGCGGACUUGCAGAAUUACACUGUGUAUUGGUGUUAUUCUAAGCUGGCGAUGCCAACAGAUUGCAGAGGUUCUAUACAUUUUCGUCAUGUAAGUCGUGAAACCCAGCGUUUUGCUACGGAGCCUCAAGUGGCCGAGCAUGACCAUUCGCUAACGCUAGCCGUCUCGGCCAAUUAUCUAGACUACAACACCGGCAUGCACUGGACAUCGUGUAGCGUCGAUGUCAAUGCUGACUUUGAGCCAAUGGAACCGGAGGUGCAGUCGAUUUCUGCCACGGAAUUGAGAGUACAAUGGAGUUCGAAAACUGUUUGUCCUUCAAUUUUAAAUGGUUACAAUCUAACCUAUUGUGAGGUGGAAAAUACCCACGACACCGACAGCAUUACACCGCCUAGCCUUGGUAGUGGAUUGUUUGAGUCGUUUACUAGCGGCAAGACUGUGCCUACCGAAAAAGCUGCUUGUAAAGGUCUAUCCACUACCAUCACCAUCGAUAAGAACUUGAAUAAAUGUAAUAUCAGUGGUUUGAAACCAUAUACGCUGUAUCGCAUGGAGAUGUUUAUGUUCUCGAAUAUUAAGGUUGGCAAGCCAAGUGAGCCGUUAUUGGUGCGUACUUUCGAGUCAGCACCGACACCACCGCGUCAACUGCAUUUAUCGGAAUUGACGGAUUCGAGCGCCAGAAUUAGUUGGUAUCCGCCUAGUCAAACUAACGGACAUAUACGUCAGUAUAUUGUGAAACUAAAUAAUAAAGAAUUUGCGGUUAAUGCUACAGCUUUCGAUGGGGAUAAUGAAAUCAGUUUCGUAUUGCAAAAUCUCACCAGUUUCACGCCAUAUAAAGCAUUCGUUAUUGCGGUCACAAGGUACAAUUCGGAUCACAGCAAUGAUAUUCAUUUUACGACGUAUAUGAGCGCGCCCUCCAAGCUGGGCAACUUCGAAUUGAUUAACAAGAAUAACGUGGAAGUGGAACUUAAAUGGGCACCUCCCAGUGUACCUGGUGGGCGUCUAGAUUAUUACGAGGUUGCCGUUACGCAACUGCGUGGAGAUUACGUGGAACGUCGACGGAUUAGCGUUGUCUUCGGUACCCGUUGUGUGUUGCGUGUGCCGACCUGUCCCGAUCGCGAUUACCAAACCAAAGUGGAGGUGCGAGCAAUCAAUGCGGCUUUGAUUGCCAAUAAUGAAGCAAAUCAAUUGGACAUUGUACAACAUGAAAUUCGUGACAAAUUCGAUCACGAUGUUCUCAACUAUGAAGACAACGACGAUUUGGUUUGUAAAGGUGCUGUUGAUAUAGGAACUAGAGACCGCCAAAAUGCCCAACUGAUGCGUUAUCACAAUAAAGAUAUGUACCUGCUAUACAAAUCCGAUUGGUACCCGCUUACAAGUUUUGGUUGUGCACAACGGCAGCUGGGUAAAAUUACAGCUAUUACAUUGAUGGUUGUGUGUACGUCAAUAUUGCUGAUGGCGGUCAUGUUCUUUGCUACGAAAAAGUGGAAAAUGAUGAGCGAUAUUCAGUGUACGCUACCCGCAGCUUUGGAUGCAUACCUCACGAAGGAACUUAAUACCGGCACAGGUGGCUUUGGUGGUGCGAUGAUCAAUCGUGAGGUGGGCGGAGUUUUCGUUAAUGAUCUCCUGUCCUCAGCAGUAAUGGGCAAUGGCAGCAAUGAACGACUGCACAAUGAGGAGCAUCAUUUGUUGGGAGCGCUUAAAAACGAUUCUGGUUACAUUGGUGAUGGUCUGAUAUUCGGCCGGAGCAUUAGCGCUGUGGCUACGUCGGAGUCGACGAACAAUGACGGCAGUGAAGAAGAUCUAACCCGUCGUGGACGCGAAUACUUAAACUCUGAAAGCUCUGCGGACUCGCUGAUAGGCAGUACGAAUAGCAAUGGAGGCGCUUAUGGCGAAGGGGAGACGCAAAAUGCGGCACUAAAUGCGGUGGCACUAAAACGCAUUGCAGAGGAGCCGUCGGGGUAUGUACAGGCACCCCAUGUCCAAGCCGCUGCUAUGAGCGGUUAUGUCACGGCGACCGAUUUGAAUGCUUGGACGCAGCCAAAAGCCAAUGCAGAAGCAAUAACAGCACAUACAAAUGGAGUAGGCGCUGGUACGAGUGGCUACAUACAGGCUGCUGUUGUGGCAGCUGCUGGGGCACAGCCAAAGAAUUCAGUAGCACCCGCGCUUGAAGCUGAAACAGCUGCAUUCAGUGGUUAUAUCACGCAAACUGAUUUAACGGCUUGGGCACAACCAAACCAGCCCGUCACUGCGGCAGCAAAUACAGUUUUGCAUGCUUGCCACAGUGGUUACAUUAAAGCCUCCGAUGUUAAUAAACCCCAUGCAUGGUCUCAACCACCGACGGUGCGCGCAAGCAAACUGGAUUUGGGCAUUAAUAGUGAUUAUAUCAAAGUAAGCGAUUUAUCUGCCACCAAUGUCGCUAGACCAAAGCAGCAGCAGCAGCAGCUGCAGCAACAACAACAACAACAACAGAAACCGGUGACUGUAGCGCCCAUCAACAGUGGCUACGUAACAGUCGAUAGUCUCACAGCGAUUGGAUCAAAGGCACCAACACAAACACCAGUAAUGCCCAGUGUCAGCACCACCAAUAACGCCAACCAACCGCAAGCACCACCGUCAGCAAAUGCCAACCAGUCCACCAGCUGUUACGUCCAGCCAAGCGCUUUACAACAAAUGCUAUUCUCACCACCAUCUGCAGCUGACCCAAAGGCCAUCAACUCUCCGUUGGUCAACACAAAUUUCAGCGGCUAUACGACACUUGAUGCGCUGGGCAAACUACUGCCACCACAAGGCGCACCCCUUAUGAAUUCGCCGCCCGCACAGACGGGUGGUAAACCUGGUCUCAUCGGCUAUGUAACGCAGCGCGAAAUGAAUGAAUUUGGGCAGCAGCAGCAACAACAUAUGCAGUAGUUAGCAAGGCAGCGCGAAUAUAAGGAAAGUAAAGAAGAAUGAGUAAUGUUGUGGAAUAUUUUAAAAUUUAGUUUUCUUUUGGGAAGUGAAUCAGCGCAAAGCAAAAAAGUUAGCUGCUAAGGAAGGUGGUAAAGUGGCUUUGAAACUGUUCAAAUUCACUUUCGCUUUCCUAGGCAAAUUAAACCUCCGAAUGCUAGGUUUGCGUAAACAAAUUUAAUUACAAACUUUCAAAAUACUUAUAUAUUUCUUUAAAGGCUAAAUGCAUACGCAAUAGUAUUAAUAUUUGAGGUAAUGAUUUAUUAUUUGUAAUAUUUAUCGAUAAGUUUUUUAAUUAUCAUUUUAAUGUUAGUUUUAAAACGAUUUUAAAUGCAUGUUAUUGUAUUGAUUUCAAUAAUUUUAUGAGCUGUAAUAUUUUUUGAAUAUUAGCUAAAAUUAAUUCGAUUUUAUAAAUUUUACGUUUUUAAGUAAUUUAAUGCGUUUUAUAUCAUUUAUCCGUCGAAAAGUUUUAAGCACACUGAGUUGUGACAGAAAUUGCGGCUUUAGUUAAACGUUGCCUUCGGUAACUAUUCAACUUAGAAUUCUUACUUUGUACAAUAAGUGACUUAAAGUCAAGAUCUUUUACAUACUUUACUUUUAGGUCUUUAAUUUUCUUGGAAAUAAAUAUUUUUCGCCUAUAUAAUUACAAGUUUUUAUUGUAGUUGCUCCACUGUGCUGCUAGAAUUUCACUAGAUUUUCAUUCACUUAUUAACAAAACAAAAAAAAAGGAUUUUAUAGGUUUAGGUAACAAAUGAGAUUAACAUGGCAUUGCUGCACACGUACAAACAUGCAAAUAAAGUGCUUCAGAAGGGUGAAUUUAAAUUAAAAAAAAAUUAUGCAAAUACAAACUUCAAGAGAAGCUUAACAAACUAAAUACCAUAACAAGAUAAUUCAAAUUAAUUAUAAGGUAAAAACAGAAUUGUAUUAAUCAGUAAAGUGAAGCAUAAUUAUGUAAAUGCUAGUUUGUAAUGUCAAAUUUAUUUAUUUGCAUGUUUAUGCGCUAAAUUCUUUAUUUAUUUUCAAUGUUAUAAUGAGAAGUGAAAUUGACUAAAGAAAGCUUUAUUUAGCUUGCAGGAUUUUUUUAAUAACUUACCAUAUAUUUUAAAAAAAAUCUAUACUGAUAUAAUAGAUACAACAACAAUAAUUUCAUUAUUUUCUCAUUAUGCUGAAAGGAAAUAAAUUGAACUUGUAAGUUAAAAUAAAUCAAGAGAAAAUAUUACAAAAUGACAUAUAACCGAUUUUUUUUUUUAUUGUGCAUGUGCAUAUACAUAUAUCAAUAUUUUAUUGCUUGGGAAAACAUUGUAAAAAUGUAUUACGUCUCAGUUGUAAAAAUAUCAUGAAUCCGAAACUAUAAAAAUUGUGCUAGUUUUUAUAAGAAAAAAAAAAAUAUAUACAUAUAUUCCAAUCGGCUGAGCAACUAAUUUUAUAAUGAAAAAUAUGUUAUUUAAAUCGUUUGCGCAAAGAGCUAUAAAAUAAAUUAAUUUCAGCUGACAUUGCUCCUACACAAAGGCUUCAAAAGUUUGAAAUUAUUUUCGAUCAUAAAACUUGCAAUAUAAAAUACAUUUUAAUGGGAAAUGUAAAACAAAAAAAAAAAAAAAGAAAAA